CCACAAACAAAACCCUUUCAACAGUUUUACGCGGGACUCUCCUCUUUCUCUUCAUUUUUUUUCCCUUGGUUUUUCUCAACAAUAAUAAUAAAAAAAAAGAGUUACAGAGAUAAGUCUAAAAGACAGAACCAAUCUUCAGGCGAGUAUACAAAGAUGAAAGUUACAUGUGAAUCAGAUAAUGGAAAUCCUUCGGGGUCAAUUCAUGAUGCUGGAACACUUGCUGGGAUAUCACAGGAGGGAGUGAACAAACUUCUAAGACGUGCCAAUAGACGUGGCUCUUCAAGGAAGGAGGAAAAGAAUGAAUAUCUCCAGAAGAAUGACCUAAAAACAAAUGAACAAGUUGUACAUACAAUGAUUGUGCAGAAUGCUUCAAUGGCUGAAGGUUGUAGUAGAAAUGCAGUAGGAAGUUCUCAAUUAGAAGUUGAUGUGGGAAGUUAUGUAGACAAUCUUUUCGAUGAUUCGGAAGACAUGAAUGACUCGGAUUGGGAAGAUGGUUCCAUUCCCAAAUUGGAUCCUGUAGACAAUUCUCCAAAGGAGCGCAUGAAGGGUUUAACUAUUGAAUUUGAUGAACCAUCAGGUUCUGCUGGAAGGAAGCCUGUUCGUCGAGCUUCUGCUGAAGAUAAGGAAAUAGCUGAGCUUGUGCACAAGGUUCAUUUGCUUUGUUUACUGGCCAGGGGCAGAUUAAUCGACAAUGCUUGUGAUGAUCCCCUUAUUCAGGCAUCUUUACUUUCUCUUGUCCCGACACAUUUAUCAAAGAUAUCAGGGGUCUCAAAUAUCACUUCAAAUGCUUUGUCUCCUCUCGUCACUUGGUUCCAUAAUAAUUUUCAUGUUAGAAGCUUGGUUCGUGCAGAAAGAUCAUUUCAUACUGCUUUGGCCUUUGCUCUUGAAACUCGUGAAGGGACUCCAGAAGAGAUUGCAGCAUUGUCUGUGGCAUUAUUUAGAGCUUUGAAGUUUACUGCCCGGUUUGUGUCCAUCUUGGAUGUUGCUUCCUUAAAACCUGAGGCUGAUAAAUGUGAACCUUCGAGUCAAGAGGCAAACAGAGUGGGUGGAGGGAUAUUUAGUACUUCAACACUGAUGGUGGCUAAUCUGAAAGAAGUUUCUAGCUCUUCAUCUCCAGUUAAAUCAUUCUCAUGCAGUGAGAAAGAUGGUCACUGUGAAAAUUCUUUGAGGAGUUCAUGCAAAAGUAAGGGUGGCUGCCCAACAAGCAAUGACACUCAAUCCAGAUAUUCUACUGCUGUAGAUGAAAUGACUGAUAGAACAUCAAACUUAUUUGCCUGUCAGGCGCAGUUGGAUACAUAUGGACAAUGUGCUCCUACAAAAUCUCAGGGGUUGAAGAGGAAAGGGGAUCUUGAGUUCGAGAUGCAGCUGGCAAUGGCUAUCUCUGCUACUACUGUUGGGACUCUUGAAAACAGUGCUGGGUCAUUGGAUGUUAGUAAUUUUAAUGGUAAUAAUUCAUUAGAUGCAUCUACUCCUUCUAAAAGAUGGAAAGAGAUCCAUAGAGUAGAAUCUGCUACUAGCUCCCAAGGACUUUCUACUGCACUUGGAUCAAGAAAAGUAGGAUCUCCAUUGUUUUGGGCAGAAGUGUACUGUGGUGGGGAGAACUUGACGGGGAAGUGGGUGCAUGUCGAUGCUUUGAAUGCAAUUAUAGAUGGAGAGCAGAAAGUAGAAGAUGCAGCUGCGGCAUGUAAAACAGCAUUGAGAUAUGUAGUUGCUUUUGCAGGUCGUGGGGCUAAAGAUGUGACCCGCAGGUAUUGCAUGAAGUGGUACAAAAUAGCACCAAAACGAGUUAAUUCAAUUUGGUGGGAUGCAGUGUUGGCACCUUUGAGGGAGUUAGAGUCAGGAGCAACUGGGGGUACGAUUAAUAUGGAAAAGCUCCAUAAUAAUGCUUCAAAUGAGCAGGAGAAAAUUAAAGCAUCUGGAAUGUCUGAAUAUCCAGGUACAGAUAGUCCUUCAAACCAUGUUAUCUUACCUGAGAAGUCAGGCCAAGAAGCUUUUAAAGAGUAUGGGAGUAAGAGUGAAGUUGAAUCUUCUACAAAGCAUUCCUUGGUUGCUACCAGGAACUCUCUUGAAGAUAUGGAAUUGGAGACUAGGGCACUAACUGAGCCUCUUCCCACUAAUCAGCAGGCCUACAAAAAUCAUGCAUUGUAUGCACUGGAAAGAUGGCUUACAAAGUGUCAGAUUCUACAUCCAAGAGGUCCCAUUCUUGGUUACUGCUCUGGUCAUCCAGUAUAUCCUCGCACUUGUGUGCAAACUCUCAAGCCAAGAGAAAGAUGGCUGCGUGAAGGGCUGCAGGUUAAAGGCAAUGAGAUUCCUGCAAAGGUGUUGAAACGUUCUGCAAAACUAAAAAAAGUACAAGUUUCUGAAGAAGAUGACUAUGAGGAGAUUGAUUCUAAAGGAACUAUUGAACUUUAUGGGAAGUGGCAGCUGGAGCCACUGUGUCUGCCUCAUGCUGUUGAUGGAAUUGUGCCAAAGAAUGAGCGUGGUCAAGUUGAUGUGUGGUCUGAGAAGUGCCUUCCACCGGGGACUGUUCACUUAAGGUUGCCAAGGGUAUUUUCUGUUGCCAAGAGGCUGGAAAUUGAUUAUGCACCUGCCAUGGUUGGUUUUGAGUUUAGAAAUGGUCGUGCAGCUCCCAUCUUUGAUGGCAUUGUGGUGUGCAGUGAGUUCAAGGAUGCAAUAUUAGAGGCUUAUGCAGAAGAAGAAGAGAGAAGAGUGGCUGAAGAGAAGAAACGGAAUGAAGCACAAGCUAUCUCAAGAUGGUAUCAACUUCUCUCGUCCAUUAUAACCAGACAAAAGUUGAAGAGCUAUUAUGGAGAUGGGUCAUCAUCACAAGCAUCCCGAAAUAUACAAGAUAAGAAUAAUGAGAUAAAUGCUCCGGAUGAAAGCAGUAAGGAUGACAGGCAAUCUACUGGCCUUUGGAAAGGAGAUGGAGAGGAUACUUUGUGUAACAUUCCAUCAGGAACAUUAGUGGAAGACCAUGAACAUGUAUUUUUAAGGGAGAAUGAGAGUUUUGAUGCUGAGAACUCAGUCCGAACGAAGAGAUGUCACUGUGGAUUUUCAAUCCAAGUGGAAGAAUUAUAGCAAAGUGGAUUUUCCAAUCCAGAAGUGGAAGAAUUUUCAGAACUGUUUUGCAUGUAAGUUGACAAGAUGUUACUGGGAAGUAGCUUACGAUUAUCAGAUACCCAAAAUCUGAUCUUGCUCUCCAGGUCGGAGAGAUAAGUACCUUGACUGUAAUACCGGAUCCAAAACUUUGAAAUUAUCCUAGAAUUUUGGUUGAGGUAGAUGCUGUAAAUAUAGCAGGCACUGGUAAUAGCUACACAAUGCAGAGAAAUCCUUUUUUUUUUUU